CAAAGUACAAAGUCCUCUGGGACAGUAGUGAAAAUUACGAAUAUACCCUCGAUUGUCGCUUUAUGUUUGAAACGACAUCGUACGUAGCUGCAGCCCUUUUUGUUAGUGUUUUAAGCCAGAGAGAGAAGGGAGAAUCUCGGGAGAGACAGAAAGCGAAGAUUGGUUGGUGAAGCUUUUGGGAAUUGGGCAAAAAUUAUCGAUGGCGACUUCGAAGCUUCAAGCUAUUUGGAAUCACCCUGCCGGACCUAAAACCAUUCAUUUCUGGGCUCCGACGUUCAAGUGGGGUAUUAGCAUUGCCAACAUUGCAGAUUUUGCCAAACCUCCAGAGAAACUUUCCUAUCCUCAACAAAUCGCGGUUACAUGCACUGGAGUUAUUUGGUCUCGCUACAGCAUGGUAAUCAAUCCGAAAAACUGGAACCUCUUCAGCGUUAAUGUUGCUAUGGCGGGGACAGGCAUAUACCAGCUUGCUCGUAAAAUAAAACACGAUUAUGCAACUGAAGCUGAGCCUGCUGUUGCGAAUGAAUGAUUAUGAUGACGAAGCUGAGAUUUCAAAGGAAAAUUGGAUAUCAUCUUGCUUCUGCUUGAAAAUCUAAUCCCAAGAUAUUUGAUUUUCUUUACAUUCCAAGUUCUUCUUUCUGAUCGGAUCACGAUUAUCAUUUUCAAGGCUUUUUAAGUAUUCCUGUUUGACAUUUGUUCAAAUGAUAAAGGAGGUCAAAAGUUCCUUUCAUAUGCUGCUUUCAAAGUAAAUCAUUAAGUACUCC